CAAAGAUAGCGAAGGAGUAGAAUUUCAUUUCAACUGAUGGUCUUCUACAUUUUGUUAGAAUUUUAUGUAUUAUUUAUCAUUUGUCAAAACUUGGGAACUGUUUCGUCCGAAUAAUUCUGUAAGCUAGUGUUUAUUUCGCCAAAGCAUUAGAUUCAACGAAUUAUAAGUUUACGGUAAAUAGCGAGGCUUUUGCUUCCGGUUAUUGGAAUAUUGGGUAAUAAGGAAGAUGGCAGCGACCAGGAGGUUGCAGAAAGAGCUCGGCGACAUCCGAUCGUCGGGCAUGAAAUCUUUCCGAGAAAUCCAAGUGGAUGACUCUAAUAUAUUAACAUGGCAAGGUCUUAUAGUGCCGGAUAAUGCCCCUUAUAAUAAAGGUGCGUUUAGGAUUGAAAUAAAUUUUCCUGCAGAAUACCCAUUCAAACCACCAAAAAUUAAUUUCAAGACCAAAAUAUAUCAUCCGAACAUUGAUGAGAAGGGCCAAGUCUGUCUGCCGAUCAUCAGCGCUGAAAACUGGAAACCAGCAACGAAAACAGAUCAAGUGAUCCAGGCGUUGGUAGCACUUGUGAAUGACCCAGAACCUGAACAUCCACUUCGUGCUGACCUGGCUGAAGAGUAUCUCAAAGACCGUAAAAAGUUUGUGAAAAAUGCUGAAGAGUUCACCAAGAAGCAUAGUGAGAAGCGACCGUCCGAUUAAAGUUCGUGAAAUGAUGCAGUUCCUGCCUGGACUUUGGGAGGAGAGGUUUUGUGAUACACAACUUGAACAUUUGUUUGUGAUUGUAAUUCUGGUGUAUGUACAGUGUGCACCGAAAGUGUAGUAAACACUCCUCCCCCCUCUGUGACAGUGUUAGCACCAUCUACACUCACCAGGUGAAGCGGUGCAUGGGUGCUUGUCAGGUGUUGCCAACACUGGUGUGCAUGAGUGCAUAAAGAAACGCCCUUGGUACUAUUUGUCACUUUGAUAAACACCAGCCCAGAUACACAUGAUUUUGAGACUACUAUAUGUGAAAGUAGUAUGGGUAUUGUUCUAUCACCAAUACAGUUUGUCAGUUGGAAUUUACAGUGCAGUUUUAUUCCAAUUUGUUGUCAACUUAAUUGUAUACAUAUUUCACAGUUUCUGUUAAAACAAUUAUAUUUAAUUGUAUGGUAUAAAUGAUUGUUUUCAUUAAAAGAUAAAGAUGUGAAUAAAUUUUACAUAUUUAAUUUACUAAUUUGCUGUGUGUUCCACUCAAAAAGCCUGUAAUAUAAAUUGCUGUGAAAUAUCUUAAUAUGUAGUUGUUCUUUUUGAUAUUAGCCCUUAAUGUAAAUUUAGUAUUGUUAAGAACAUACAUAGAAUUAGAUUGCUGUACAAAGACUAUGAAACUUAUUUCCGUGUUGAAGUUUGUAACAAUAUUAGUAACUCUAGAAAUGUCAGUGAUUCGGAGAUAGUAGUUAUAAGUUUCUUGUACACAGACAUGAGUGAUAUCAUAUUGAAAUAUGUGAAUUCGUAAGUUCAAAACAGGAAAGAACAUUGGAAUAUUUUACAAGCACACAGUGUGAUUCAUAUGAUAUGAGGUAACUUAAAAGUCCACAAUUUGUUGCCGAAGCAUGUAAGUUGGGGUGUUACAGAUGCAUUUUGAUACUUAUUAUACAUAUCAUUUCUGCAUGACGGUAAAGUUUUGAGAAACAUCAAGAUUAGAUGAUAGAUAAUAUUCAGUAAUUGUUGUGAUAUAAUCAAGAAGCAAACAUGAAAUACUGGUGAAGGUUGCCAAAUAAGAAAACAAAUACCUGUUUGAA